AUGAAAUAUCUUGAAACAACUGGUACUAAUUCUAUAUCAUUAUUAUUAACAUUUAGUCGAUAUUGUUAUAAAUUAAUCAUUUAUGCACCAUUAGGUUAUGUUAUUACUAUUCUUGGACGUCAACAUUCAUCAAUUCAUAUCAAUAAUCAAUUCAUUAAAUCAUCUAAUUUAUCUAUCAAAGAUAUUUAUCAAUCAAUCAAUAUAUUAUUUGAUGAUUAUGAUUAUAUCUUAUUAAAUGGGAUUACAAUCUGUCCAUUAUUAAUUAAAUAUUAUGCAAAUCAAUUGAUUCAUUGUAUGUAUAAUAUUGGACAAUCUAUAGAAAUAUUAGUACAUUUAACUGAGAUCUAUGUAUCUUACAUGACUACCAACACCAUCACCACCACCACCAACACCACCAACACCACCACAACUACCACCACUACCACUACUCAUAGUAACAAUAAUAAUAGUAGUAUUAUAAUAAAUAAUACAGAAUUGAAUGAAUUAGAAUUUAAAGAAAAAUUUACAAAUGCUAUAAACAAUUUAAUUACUAAAGAAAAUGAACUUAAACAAUUAUUAUCUAUAUGGCCUAAUCAAAAAAUAAUUAAACCAACUUUAUUGUCAAUACUACAACGUUUCACUGAAAAUUCUGGAACAUCCGAUAUGAAUUAUGCUUGGCGUAUAUUACAAACAGAUUUUAUUACAAUCAAUCCAUUUCGAGUAGUUUAUAGUCAUGAAACGGUUUCAAAUCCUGCUCCUUCAGUUAUAACAAAACAAAAAUCAAAAGUGCUUAGUUCACGUGGAGAGAAAACUAAUCAGUCAGUUAAAAUUAAUCCAAUUGAAGAAACAAUUAUUAAUCGUUGGAAUCAACCAAUCAUUAAUCCUGAUCUAUUAAUUGCUAUAGUACGUAUACAAUCAUUCUAUCGUGGUUGUCGUGUUCGAAAUACAAUACGUUUAAGUCAAACCAAAUAUCUAAUAGAAACUUUAUUAUCUAUCAUCAAUUCACAGAAUAAAUCAAAUAUAGAUAAUAAUCAUUUGAUGCAUAAGCGAUCAUUAUUAAGAAUUAAACGUUUAUCAAUUGGUUGGAUGUCUUGUUUAAAUGUAUUACGACAAGGUCAUUUACAAUGUGAGGCGGGAAAUCGAUUAAUUGAAAACUUAAUUCUUACUAAUUCCAAAACUACUACUGGUAAUAUUAAUAAUAAUAAUAAUAGUAGUAGUAUACAAAAUAAAUUAUAUAAAGAUAUGAAUUCUUAUUUAAGUAUUAAAGAAUAUUCUGGUAACUAUGGUGAUAUACCAUCACCAUGUCCAAUGCAUCAUACAGGACCAGAAUUACAUCAUAUGAAUCAAUUACAUAAUUCAUUACAUCAAGAUUGGAUUCAUUUAUUAUUUCGUGAUUGUAUUUAUUCAUCAAAAUGUUUAAAAAAUGAGAGCAUAAUAAUCAAUGAUGAAGAAGAAAUUCAAUAUUCAUUUCGUUUAAAAACUACUAUACCGGAUAGUUAUAUCCUAUUGAUCAAUAAUGAUAAUGGUGAAAUCAUUCAUCCAUCCAUUGAAUAUCCUUAUAGUUGGUUAAAUCUUAAAGAAAAUAAACAUGGAUAUAGUUUAUUAGGAUUAGUAACUAAUCAUAUAACACCUAUACCAAAUGGUAAAUGGAAUUUACAAUUAUUAGGACCAGGUAUCAUUGGUAAUGAAAAUCUUCCUAAACCAUUAAAUACAACAUUAAAUUUAUGGUCAAAUUUUCAUGUUAUUGAAUUAGAAGAUUAUUAUGAACCAAAUCGGAAAAAUCUAUUAUUUCGACGUAGAAUUAUAGCUUCUAAUGAUAGUUUGACAACGGUUCAUUUACGAUUAUCUGUACCAAAUGUUUAUACGCGUUUAUGCAUUAAAAUGGGCAAUAAAGAAAUGAUCUCUGCUGAAGGUUUUGGUGCAGCAUGUAUUUUUGCUUAUAUUAUAUUAGCUGAUACAAUAAUAGAUGACAGAAAUAGUCAAACAUCUAAUUCAGGACGUCUAUUAGAAGUGAAUAAAGGUGACAAUGUCAAAUUAAGUAUAAAAGAUGUGACCAAUUCAAAAGUUAUAUCGAAUAAAUUGAAUACUACUAAAGUAUCUCCAAGAAGAUCUGCAUCAGUGAAGAAAAAUAUGAAACCGGGAAGUAGUUCUGGCAGUUCAACUGGUGGUAGUACAACAGGAAGUGGUCGAGGUUCUAGUAGUACUAAUAGUGCUAAUAUAGAGCGAUCAAAUCAAUAUGAACAAUUCAAUUCCAGUUCACCACAUUCACAUAGAUCAGAUAGUCAGCAAAUAGAAGGAGAAAAAGAAGAAGAACGAUAUUAUUGGAUUGAAGCUUAUGUAGAUGGUAAAAAUUGGCCAUUGAGUAUAAGUAAUUGGGCAUUUUUAGAAGAACAGCGUUGUAAUAAACUUGAAGAGUGUCAAGUAAAUAAUACAACUUCUCGAAAUACUUCAGCUGAUAAAAGUUCUGACAGUAGAACUAUUAAAUCAGCAACAAAAUCACCUGGAAACAAAACAGUUGGUAUCACUGGUCAAAAAUCUGGUUCUACACGUGGUACUUCAGCAAAAAUUGAUUUUAAUCAAGCUCAUUGGAAAAUGAGAAUAAUAUGUAAUAAUUCUAAUGACAUUAAAGUCAUUAAUAUGGAUAAUAAAAUAUUAGAAAUUAAAGCUUUAAAAAGAGCUUGGGAAGAAAUGGAACCUGGUAGAGCAAUAAGAGCUGAAUUAUCAAGAGCACGUUAUCUUGAAGAAUACGGUCUAAUGAAUAAAUUGGAUAAUAAAACUAUUGUAGAUGAUUCAGGAUCGACGAUCACAACUAAAUCUGAUGAUAAUCUAAUACAAAUGAUAAAAGAUCAUUCUCCAUUAGAUCACACUUUGUUAUUAGAUCCAUCUCAAAUUUAUAUUUUAAAAUUCCCACCAGAAUUAAAUCGUACACUUUAUCCAAUUCAAUUAAUGAAUUUAAACAAAUUCUAUCAUCAUUUUAAUGAGAUUGAAUGUAAACGUAUUGAACAAGUUCAAUCUAUUAUGAAUUCUUAUUCAAUGAAUCCAUGGUUUAUUCUAGAAUAUUCUUUAAAACAAAUUCAAUGUUUAUCUUAUAAAAAUUUAAAUGACAUUUUAAAAUUCAAAUAUCAAUUAUUUAAUGAUUAUUUAAAAAAUUUAAAAUUUGAAGAUUUAAAUUUAAAAAAAAACAAAAUCAAUAUAAACAAAAUUAUAUUGAUUUAUUGA